AUGGGGAAUGAGCAGAAGGCGAAUUCCGAAACAGGAAAGAUAUCGAUCCAGGCUAAUCUUGAAAGGAAAGGGAAAGGGAAUAAUCUCCCCAACUUUCUCCUUUCUGUUAAGCUCAAAUAUGUGAAACUUGGUUACCAUUACUUAAUCUCACAUGCUAUGUAUCUUUUGUUAGUCCCUCUACUUGGGAUAGUUUCUGCACAUUUUUCGACUUUAUCUGUCAAAGAUUUAGUCCUCCUAUGGAACCAGCUGAAAUUUAAUCUUGUCACUGUAGUUGUAUGUUCUGUUCUAAUGGUUUUCUUGGGCACAGUUUAUUUCAUGACAAGGCCGAGGAGCGUCUACUUGGUGGAUUUCGCGUGUUACAAGCCUAAACCAGAGGUCAUGUGCAGUAAAGAAAUUUUCAUGGAGACAUCAAGACGGGCCGGAUUAUUUACCGAAGAAAAUUUGGCUUUUCAGAAGAAAGUCUUGGAACGAUCGGGAAUAGGACAGAAGUCAUAUUUCCCAGAAGCCAUUUUACGUGUCCCUGCAAAUCCUUGUAUGGCUGAAGCUCGAAGGGAGGCUGAAAUGGUUAUGUUUGGUGCAAUUGAUGAUCUUUUGGCUAAGACAGGGGUAAAGGCUAAGGAUAUUGGGAUUCUUGUGGUGAACUGCAGUUUGUUUAAUCCAACUCCAUCACUUUCUACUAUGAUAGUGAAUCAUUACAAGCUCAGGGGCAAUAUUUUGAGCUAUAAUCUUGGUGGGAUGGGGUGCAGUGCUGGAUUGAUUUCUAUUGAUCUUGCCAAACAACAUCUACAGGUGCAUCCCAACUCCUAUGCACUCGUAGUGAGCACGGAGAACAUAACACUCAACUGGUAUUUUGGCAACAAUCGAUCAAUGCUCAUCUCAAAUUGCCUAUUCCGGAUGGGUGGCGCGGCCAUCCUCCUCUCCAACAAGUCAUCUGAUCGUCGUAGUGCAAAAUAUAAGUUAGUCCACACCGUUCGCACGCACAAAGGUGCAGAAGAAAAAAGCUAUAGCUGCGUAUUCCAAGAAGAAGACGAUACAAAACAAGUAGGGGUGGCAUUGUCCAAAGAUCUAAUGGCAGUUGCAGGAGAGGCCUUAAAAACAAACAUCACGACCUUAGGACCAUUAGUCCUUCCCAUGUCGGAACAACUAUUGUUUUUCGUAACCGUAGUGGCACGGAAAGUGUUGAAAAUGAAGAUUAGGCAUUAUAUACCAGAUUUUAAGCUCGCAUUCGAGCAUUUUUGCAUUCAUGCAGGAGGAAGAGCGGUGUUGGAUGAACUGGAGAAGAAUCUCGAACUGUCCGAGUGGCAUAUGGAGCCAUCAAGAAUGACACUUUAUAGGUUUGGAAAUACUUCUAGCAGUUCAUUGUGGUAUGAAUUGGCCUAUUCAGAGGCCAAAGGGAGGAUUAGACGGGGGGAUAGAACAUGGCAAAUUGCAUUUGGAUCUGGGUUUAAAUGUAACAGUGCAGUGUGGCGUGCAUUGAGGACCGUUGAUCCGACUAAGGAGAAGAAUCCUUGGACGGAUGAAAUUAAUGAUUUCCCAGUUGAGGUUCCAAGGGUGGCAGCCACCAAUUCUUGA